AAGAAUAGAAGUAAAAGUUUAAAGUUGAGUUGAGUUGAGUAAAAGAAAGAAAAGGUCUGCUGUGGAUCCUGGUCAGCACAGAGAUUCAUCAUGGCCACCCUAAAAGAGAAGAGAACUUGUGGGCAGCGAUGUGAAGACUUUGGCCAUUUUGUCUGGAACUCCGACAAUGGGACAUUGAUGGGGAGAACGCCAGAGAAAUGGGUGUACAUCAGUCUGUAUUAUGUGGCCUUCUACGUGGUGAUGACAGGUCUCUUUUCUCUGGCCAUCUGGACGCUCAUGUACACCUUGGAUCCGUACGCCCCUGACUAUCAAGACCGGCUAAAAUCUCCAGGGGUGAUGGUGUGGCCCGACACUUACGGAGAGGAAGUUGUUGAAAUCUCCUACAACACAUCAGACAAGGCCAGCUGGAUGAAGAUGACCAACAUCCUACAUAAGUUCCUGGAGCACAAGAUGUAUAAGCGUUGGAGCUCAGAGGGCCGUGCAGGCCGGAGAGGUCAUGAUGCCCCCAUGAUAGCCUAUGAUGCCCUUCUAGGGGCAGGAAGUGACUGGGCUGAACUGUGUAAACGGGCCAUGUUCCAUGGAGGUGAGAGUGAAGCCACAGGCCUGAUCGCAGGUUGUCUCUACGGCCUCCUUUUUGGCCUGGGCCAGGUCCCCCCAGGCCUGUACCAGGAUUUGGACAAAAGAGAGCAUCUGGAGGAGCUGGGAGAAGCGCUUUACAAAGCAGCUUCUGCAGAGAAGUGCAUAGACAAAUCUCUGCAGGUGGCUACAGGGAUUAAGUUUUGCAUUUCCUCUAUUCUCCAUAGACCAGAUUCUCGGAAAACCAGCAUCAGCCCUGAUGCCAGUAUGUUGAGGAAGUUGGUUAGAGACCGCAACUGCCGUCCUGUCCUCCGAGGGAUUCUGGAGAGUCUCCUGCAUUACCUAACACAGGAUCUGCCCAAGUGGACAACCAGAAACAGAACCCUGGGGAAGCCAGGGUCGGAUGUUGUAGUUGAAACAAACACAAGGAACACAGAUUGGACUGAUCAGAGAAUUGAGGCUUCAGUGAAGGAGAUUCAACUUCAAAGAAGUUGCACUAUUGUUCCCGAAGAACUUAAAAAGACCCUGGGAAAGACUGCUGAGACAAGUUCCCUGAUCCCUGAAAAAUGCCGGCCAGAUCCACUAAAAAACAGCUUGCCAAGAAGGUAUGGAGGAGAUCAAAGAGCAGGAGACUUAAUAUCCCGGCGCCUUACCACAUUCCAUCUCCUCCAGUCCAAAUUCAUAAGGACCACCCCCAAACCUCCCAUCACGCACCAGAGGGAGGUAGGAACUCUGUCCUCUGGCAGAGGAGUGGGAAGUAAUGUGGACCAUAGCCAAGACAGGGAGCAUGACAUGCAGAAGAAUGGCCAGACAAGACGAGAACAAGGACUUAAGAAGGGGAGCUGUGUGAAAGAUAUUGUGGCUAAGUUUACCAAGGCUGAGCUAAAGGAAAAGGGAGAGAAAAUGCUGAAGAAACAGCCAACCAAGCCGAGACUCAUUGGAAGAGGGAUCCUCCUAUCUUCCUUGAUGGAGAGGUUUGAAACGAUGGCCAUGGUAUGUAAAGGAAGUGACUUGAAAUGUUCACAUGAAAGGCCUUCUGGAGGAGUCAAGGUGACAAGUAAUGUAAAACACAGGGUAGGAUGUCAUGAAAGACUGCACCAACAGGCGAUGGAUCAAACUGUUCACAAACAAAACCAAUUCAAGCAAAUGAAAAGUAAAUCUGUUGGACAGCAGUUGAAAGGAAAUCAAACCAGAAAUGGGCAAGAACAAAGACCCGAGCAAUCAGUAGAUGUUUUAACAAAAGUAAACUCAAACUUGGAAGAAGAAAAUAAUUUGAAAGUAGGGCAUAUGAAGCACAUGGGUAACCAACAUUCAGCUCAAAAGGCUGAAUGUCAUGGGUCAUUGAAGCAUGUAGAUCGAGCUUAUGAUAACGAUGUUCAGGGUUAUAGGUCAGGCGAAAAUGGUGAAAUUCAGACUACAACAGAAGAAGCCAGUAUCACCAACAAGUUAAAAUAUGGACGUGUAGAGUUUCUCUGUUUAACAUCUGUCACAGAGAGGACACUCCCAGAACAGCACAGGCUUCUCCCACAGGUAGACGCCCAAGUGAACUGGCAUAUUGCAACUAUCAUGACCUGCCCUCCUGUGUGGUCCACAUGUGUAGAUUGCUCCCCUAAACAGUAUGCUGUGGUACCACCAGAAAGCUCACACGUGGAAAAAAUGCCUAACUUGAAGACAGACGUUCCUCAUAGAGCCCGACAACACUCUUACAGAGAAUCAAGCACAGGUGAACCUUCCACUACAGUUACUGAAGGGAAACGCACUUUAAUGCCCCGAACUGAGAGACUUUCUACCUCUAUAGGCUUCGACCCCGUGGAGAACAGAGCAGCGGAAGAUCUGAAUCUAACCAAAGUUGUGACCAUUCAAAGGUUGCCCAAGUACGUCAUUCCAUGCGUUUACAGAUUUGAUAAUGGACAAGAUGUUGAUGAUCAGACUGAUUCCUCCCCUCAGUCAGCACUGCACCCAGAAAUUGUAAUUCCUUUGGUUGCAAUGCCACCACCACACUCUGAUACUUCUUUGCCUGCUUUUAACACUGGAUCGGUGACAAUGGGAAUUCAAGACAUUAAUGCAUGUCCUUCUAAUAACAUGAUGGUACAAACCUGCCAUAAAAUAACAAAAAAGAAACAAACAGAGGGUGAACCAAAAGGAAAAGAAGGGGAGGCUGGGGAGGGAAAAACAGAAGUAACACCAGUGGGCAUAAAAGAUACUAGUAUGCCACAAAGUUUCAGACUUUCUGAAGAGGCUGCCAUUAAGGCUGCAUUUGAAGACAGCAAGACCUCUGCUGCAUCACCGAAGAUUCAACCUGAGAGAGACAGUCCACAACAGAGACCAAAGUACACAACAAUCAACUAUGGGGAUCCUUCAGUUAAACAGACAUAUAAACCCAAAAUCAUACGAUUUACUGACACCUUUACUUUCUAGGUUGGUACUUUUGAACAAACAGUCAUGCACAAUCUAAACUGUUUCCUUUUCACGGAUACUGUGCAGGGAAUUUAAAUCAGAAUUUCUGUUACUCAAUGUAACUUCAUACAUCAGCAACAAUACACAGUUACAACAAAACUAAAGCAACAAAACUAUAGCAACAAAAUGCAGUGGAAGCAGCAAGUAAAAGUGGUGUUUUUCAUUAAAAGUAUGUACAUGUACAGCAAAUGAGCAUGUGAUCAUCCAGAAGAUUGUACAUAAUAGAAAAACAUUACUUUUCAUUUUAAAGGGAUUGUAUUGUAUUAAAAGGAAUUCAAUGUAUUUGCAUAUAGAUUCUUUAAAGGGUUCUACAGGACAAUAAUAAGAAAAAAAAAACCACGGAUAGUCCACUUCAGUGUUUUGUAAUGGUGCUGAUAACCUCCAAAUAACCUACAAUGGUUACA